GAAGCCUGGUUUCUGUUGCUUUCUCUGCAGCCGAAUUCUUGCAGGCACCGACCCAAUGUCUCAGUGCAAAGGCCUUGUGAUUCUGGCAUAUAGUGGUGGAUUGGACACAUCCUGUAUCCUGGUUUGGCUGAAAGAGCAAGGUUAUGACGUCAUUGCUUACCUGGCCAACAUUGGACAAGAUGAAAACUUUGAAAAGGCGAGGAUGAAAGCUCUGUCCUUGGGAGCCAAAAAGGUUUACAUCGAAGACGUCAGCAGGGAGUUUGUUGAAGAGUUUAUCUGGCCAUCUGUCCAAGCUGGGGCCCUCUACGAAGACCGGUACCCCCUUGGCACGUCCUUGGCUCGGCCAUGCAUCGCCCGCAAGCAGAUGGAAAUUGCCCUGCAAGAAGGGGCCGAAUUUGUUUCUCAUGGAGCUACAGGCAAGGGCAAUGAUCAGAUUCGGUUCGAGCUCACCUACUACGCCCUUUGCCCCCAGAUCAAGAUCAUUGCUCCUUGGAGGAUGCCCGAAUUCUAUACCCGCUUCCGAGGACGGAGUGACCUCAUGGAGUAUGCCAAGGACCAUGGCAUUCCCGUGCCUGUCACCCCAUCUAGUCCCUGGAGCAUGGAUGAAAAUCUUAUGCAUAUUAGCUAUGAAGCUGGUAUCUUGGAGAACCCCAAGAACCAGCCUCCCCCUGGCAUCUACACAAAGACCAGAGAUCCUGCCACAGCUCCCGACCUUCCGGACAUCUUAGAGAUUGAAUUCAAGAAAGGUGUCCCCGUGAAGGUCACAAAUGUGAACAAUGGGGCUGUUUACCAUGCCUCCCUGGAGCUCUUCAAUUACCUGAACGAAAUUGCUGGCAAGCAUGGCGUUGGGCGUAUUGAUAUUGUGGAGAAUCGGUUUAUUGGGAUGAAGUCAAGAGGUGUCUAUGAGACUCCGGCCGGAACGAUCCUCUAUCACGCUCACUUGGACAUAGAGGCCUUCACGAUGGACCGCGAAGUGAGGAAAGUCAAGCGAGGUCUGGCCUUGAAAUUUGCCGAGCUGGUGUACAACGGUUUUUGGUUCAGCCCCGAAGGCGAAUUCAUCUGCAGCUGCAUCAGCCGUUCCCAAGACCGUGUGGAAGGAAAAGUCCAGCUCUCUGUCUUGAAGGGUAAUGUCUACAUUUUGGGAAGGGAGUCAAGCCAGUCCCUGUACAACAAAGAACUUGUAAGCAUGGAUGUUCAAGGAGGUUACGAACCAUCUGAUGCUACUGGGUUCAUCAACAUCAAUUCCCUUAGGCUGAAAGAAUAUCAUCGACUCCAAGACAAGGUCAGCCUGGCGCAGAAUUAAUGGCAAUCAAGAGGACCAAAAGCAUUUUCUCUACCCUUCUGCUAAUUUCCUCCUCGGUCUCAUAAUCAGGGCCGUAAUUGGCAAUUGGUACCCAUCUUCCCCAGCCGCGUUUUGUGAUGUGCUUCAGUGCUGAGGUGGCUGGCAGAAAAGCAGAGCGUAUUCCUGUGAAUGGAGAUGUUAUUAAAAUAUUUGUCAUUAUUUCUCAAUUCUAAUGAGUGGGGCCCUCGCCACUCUCCUUC